AUGGUGGGCACAAGACGUGCUCGUAAUAAUGCCAAUUCAGUGGUCAUACCGCGUCAGAACUCUGUGUCUGACAAUGGAAGGGCUCGUCAGAACCUUAGCCCUGAGGCAUUAGCAGCUAUGAAUAAGGAACAGCUCCGGGCAGAAUGCAGGAAACGGGGUCAGCGGGCCACAGGCAACAAAAAUGAGCUGCUCGCCCGACUCGGGUACUACAAGCUGGCGGCCGCAGUACAGGCGGACACUGAGCAGCGCCCGCGCAACGGACUUCAUCAUCCACAUCCAAAGGAGAUCAGUAGAAACAAAACUCCAACAAUGGACAGUGACAGCCUGGUGCUAUGGCGGCGGCCGCUCACUACACUGGAGUACUUCUUCAAGGAACUAUUCAUAUUGAUCUCUACAGGAUUACAGAGGUUAUUAACGUACAAACUGUUGGCACUGACGAUAUUUGUAGCAAUAUUAGGAACAGUUGUAUCUUAUUACGUUAGCGGCCCGCACCAGCCUUAUGUUCAGUUGGUAGUAGCGACCCUAUCGUGGUGGGGCUGGUGGGUAGUGCUGGGCGUGUGUAGUUCAGUGGGGCUGGGUACAGGUCUGCAUACAUUCCUGCUGUACCUGGGACCUCACAUCGCGAGGGUGACGCUGGCUGCGUACGAGUGCGGAGCCCUCAACUUCCCUGAACCGCCUUAUCCUAAUGAUAUAAUAUGUCCAGCCCAGAUCGACCCGAGCAACGUGGUGUCGAUAUGGAACAUAAUGUCGAAGGUCCGCAUAGAGUCCAUGAUGUGGGGUAUAGGCACGGCGCUGGGGGAGUUGCCGCCAUACUUCAUGGCGCGCGCCGCCAGGCUCUCGGGGGGAGGGGUCGCUGAGUUGGCUGCUAAUGACGAUUCUAGGACUGGGAGGGCAAAGGUAAUGGUACAAAAGCUAGUCCAGAAAGUUGGUUUCGCUGGUAUCCUGGCGUGCGCGUCCGUGCCCAACCCUCUGUUCGACCUGGCCGGCCUGACGUGUGGACACUUCCUCGUCCCGUUCUGGACAUUCUUCGGAGCCACGGUGCUGGGCAAAGCGGUCAUCAAGAUGCAUAUACAGAAGAUGUUUGUUAUCAUCGCUUUUAAUGAAACUUUAGUUGGCCAAGUCCUUUCCUGGGUAGAAAGGAUACCAUACAUCGGGCCUAAGUUGGAAGCUCCGCUACUGGAGUUCCUUCGCAACCAAAAAGCAAGAUUACAUAAAAACGACUCUGCAGCGCCCAUAGAGAAUCAAGGCUCAGUUCUAUCGAGUCUUCUAGAGAAGUUUGUGUUGGCUAUGGUUGUCUACUUUGUCGUGUCUAUAGUGAAUGCGCUUGCGCAGAACUAUAGCAAGCGAGUCGGUAAGAAGAAGGGCAAGAAACGGGAAUAG